GGCCAUGGAAAUUAAAAGUACAGUGAAUAAUAAAUAAGUUUUGGGCUUGAUUUAUUUACAACAAAAUGAAUCAUUUUGGGCCUAUGAACUAGAACAAAUAAAUAAAAUGUGGGAGAUGUUUAAUUCUUGAGCCCGCCCAAUCCUCUCCUCUCUUCUUCUUUCUUCCCGGAAUGGAUCGCCUACUACAAUUCCUCCUCCAUCAACUAAUACAGACACACAUUCAUGAUAAGUUAUGGUGGGGUCCAUCACACAACCAGGAACUCAUCCUUUUCACAUGAAAUUCAUGGCAGAAAUCUGAGGAUUCAUCCCUGGUUCUCAUCCAACAACCAAGUGAACUAUAGGUAAUUCCUAUCCAUCCGUUCAUAGCACGAUUUCGCACUUCUUUCGGAAAAUCAAGCAUAUUCAUUUGUUGACAGCAAACGAAUCUGCCAAGUUCAAGGAGUCAUCACCAAUUUCACUCACAGAGCAUUUCUGCUACCAAGUACCUAAAUUGGUGCUAGAAAACUCUACUCUUUGUCGAAACUGUUUAUCAAAGAUGGCGGGUUGUUCGUCGAUUGGAAUAGCUCAUUUUAAGAGCUUAGAAAACGGCGCCGUUGCGCUUGACUGCUUUAGCUCCAAGACUCUUUUGACAUCUAGAAUCCAGUGUUUUAGUACUAAUGGAAGUAGAACGAAUAUGAGCUUGAUUUGUAAAACUAAAAGGCAGACUUUCGUGGUUGUUAAUGCAAUCAAUCCAGAGGGCAACUCUAAUUCAACUCCACCACUCACUACUACCAUUGAGAUUGAAAAUUAUGUUGCUAAUGUUGUGGAAAAGAGCUAUCUUUCCACUCCUGAUAGCAAGACUGGUGUUGGUGGUGGUGGUGGGGAGGGUUCCAUUGAUGGGAGUGGUGGAAAUGGGAAGUUUUCGGGUGGUGGGGGUGGAGGCGAAGGCGGAGAUGAUGGUGGUGAUGAUUACGAAGAAAAGGAGUUUGGGCUUAUACUCAAGUUUGAGGAGGUGAUUAGAGAGAUGGAGGCUAGAGGGGCAAGUCUUCCAGCUGAUAUGUUGGAGGCUGCCAAGACUGUGGGAUUAAGAAAAUUGCUUCUGCAAAGAUAUUUAGACUUGCAGGGUUCAGCUUGGCCCCUUGGAUUUCUGAUGAGGUCGUCCUCCAUGCUUAGGAAUAGGAUGUUAGUUGAUCCGUCAUUUCUCUUCAAGAUUGGAACUGAGAUAGUGAUUGAUUCUUGUUGUGCAACAUUUGCUGAAGUGAAAAAGAGAGGGAAAGAUUUCUGGGCAGAGUUUGAAUUGUACACCGCUGAUCUUCUAGUUGGGGUGGUUGUUAAUGUUGCUCUAGUUGGUAUGCUAGCCCCAUAUGCCCGAAUAGGACUGCUAUCUGCUUCUCAAGGAUUUAUUGGGCGGAUGCAGAGAGGUUAUGCAGCAUUGCCUAGCAGUGUAUUUGAAGCAGAAAGGCCAGGGUCUAGAUUUUCGGUAAAUCAAAGAAUUGCUACCUAUUUCUACAAGGGAAUUCUAUAUGGAUUGGUUGGUUUUGGAUGUGGUAUCGUUGGCCAAGGAAUUGCCAACUUUAUAAUGACAGUCAAGCGGAGCAUUAAGAAAUCAGAGGAUGAUAUUCCAGUUCCACCCCUUUUGAAGAGUGCAGCAGUGUGGGGAGUUUUUCUGGCUGUGUCUUCCAACACUCGGUAUCAGAUAAUCAACGGGUUGGAACGCAUAGUGGAAGCUUCUCCGAUGGGAAGGAAGGUUCCUCCUGUUGCAAUGGCGUUCACUGUUGGUGUUCGAUUUGCCAACAAUGUAUAUGGUGGGAUGCAGUUUGUGGAUUGGGCUAGGUUGGUUGGCGCUCAGUGACCAUUCUUCUCCUCCUCCUCCUCCUCCUCGUCUUCUUCCUCCUCUCAUUGUUGUGUUCUGAACCAGAAGAGAAUCCUCCCCUCCCACCACUAUAUUCAUAUCAAUAUUAGUUAGUGUGGCUAUGCUUAUUUCCCAUGGAAAGGCUCAUCUUUGGACAUGAUUGCCAUGAGUUAUUGCAGCGAGAGAAAAAUAUCAAUAUGUUGGAAUAAAUUGUAUUUUGAUUGCUCAAACUCUUUGAUUUACCAACUUUGCCUUCA